GUAUGGCGUAAAGCGGAACAAAAGAAAAUACAGAGAACACAAAUACUUAGAACAUAAACAAAAGUGUAAAGAAAAAACAACGGUUUAAUAUAAAAAAGACAACAAAUUUAAAGUUUACUUUGUAGUUUUGUAAUCAAAAGAUUUAAAACACAAAAGAAAAGUGUGAACAGCAGCAACAACAAACAAAGCAAAAAAGCAAGAAAAUCUUUAAAAGCAACAAACGAUAAAACUACAAAACAAAAAAACAAAUAAGAUAAACAUAUAGAAUAACAAUAACUAAGUGAAAAAUAGAAAUAACAAAAACAAUAAGAUAUUUAAAACUCCCUGAUCUGCCUUCAAUCACUCCUCUUUUUGACACAUCAUUAAAGAGAUAAACACAGAAAUAACGGUACUUUCGUAAUAAAAGUAUAAAAACAAACCAAAACAAAAGCAACAAAGAUUAUAUAAUGUCACUAUUGAUAAAAAAUAAUAAUAAAAAAUCAUCGUUGUCCUUAACAUCGACUAAAACAAAAACAACAAUUGCUACUGGUUUAACUCGUACAAAAGCCAUAACAUUACAUAAAUAUCCAACAAUAAAAGCGGCAACAACAACAAAUACAACAACAUCAGCACCAUUGUUAUCACCAUCAUCUGUUGUGGAGGCCUCAUCAAAUAUUGAUGCUGUCUCGUCUUCUACAUCUUCAGCAAAGAUUUCAUUGUUUUCUUUGAUCGAACAUCCAGUUGAACUAGAAAAACUAACAACCGCAACAUCAUCAGCAGCAUUAGAAAAAUCAGGAUCUGGCAGAAAAGUAUUUAGGACAAUGCCAUCAUUUAAAAUCAUGAGUUAUCAGAAUUUUAUUGCCUUGUUAACUGUUCUGGUAUGUGGCCUUGUUACUGUAAAUGGACUCAAGUGUUACAUGUGUGGCCAAUAUAAUGAGGGUGUUGGUUCCAUCACUCCUUGCCUCAAUUACUCCGAACAGUAUGCUCAUCUCUAUUUGAAGGAGUGCUCAAAGAAGAGCGAAAAAUAUUGUGUGAAAUAUGUAAGCGAACUUUCAAUUGUACGAGAUUGUGCUACUGAAUGUGCUGAAAAAGAAAUUUGGGAAACACAAACCUAUUGCUGUACUGAAGAUGGCUGCAACGGUUCAAACACCAUAGAGGCCUCUGCCUAUGUUAUUAUGUUACCCUUGUUUAUUUAUAUAGUCAAUGAAAUUAUGAAUAUAAUCAAACAACAGCGUCGUUAAAAUGAAACUUUUUUUACUUUAAAUUAAAAUACAAAUUAAAUUUAAAUAUGUUUUAAACAAACAAAAUUUUUAAUUUUAUUUUCUAAAUUUGAACAAAAAAAUCUACUUUAUAAGGGACCUAA